CGUGCUAUUCAGAAAGUACAGGGGGUCACAGUUUGCUUAUGAUUGGUUUAUGAAGAUAAAACAAUGCCCAAUAUCUUUCGGGGAAACAAAGUUGAUAAAAAGAGGAUAAAUAUGAACUAUCUCAAAGUGGUCCCAAGUAAGGACAUUUCUGUGAUUAAUUAUUAUCUUAAUCUGUCUAUAUAAUGUACGACUAACUCACAAAACCUCAUCAACGAAAUUAGGGAUAAAAUUGUAUUGUUUGAAAUUAAACUUUGAACAGGAAUAAAAACGAAACAUGAACGAAGUUGGCUGUACUGGACCUUCGUAACCUCUGUUGAUAAAAAGAAUACCGCUGAGACUUAAAAACACAAGAUAUAGCCUAAAGUAAAAUAUAGGUUUAAUAUCAAGUUUUAGGGAAAAACCGGUCCUUAAUUUGUGUAGCCCUUUAAUCCUUCUCUUGCUCUACACACGUACACAGUGAAAUCCUGAAAGCACAAGUCAUUCUGACUCACCUACACGACCUUAAUCAGCUAAAAUUUUCGUUAUCUCGUGGAUAGUGCGUUUACUUUUUUUUUAAAGAUCACUGAUAAAUGAAAUCUGGGAUUUUGAAGUCAAAAUAUUUUAUAUAAGAACAUAAACAUACAACAAUAUUUCGAAAUAUCUGAAACCAAAUAAGAAUUAUAAUGGAUCUAAUAAACAGGACAAAAUUGAGAAAAAUGAAGGUUUGAACAAAUAAUUCACCACAAUAAAAAGAAGAGGCAACACAAGGAAGCAGGAAAUAAAUGUUACAACCCCCACGUGAAUAGUUGAAUGAUAAUAUUGUAUUGUUGGUAGACUGAUGUCAUCUCUUUACCAUUUGUUUGCGCCCCUCUUGUGUUUCCUUAGUUCAUUUACUGUCUCUAACUGCAGAGACUACUACCACUGUUGCCAUCUGCCACAUCUCAGCUGCUGCAAAUAGUGUUGUUGCUACCACCACAAGUACCACUCUCGUUCACCAACAGACACUGCUACCAUUGCUAUAUUCUCUCUCUUUCUCCCUCCCAUCACAUUAGCAAUUAAAAUCUACAUUUUCUCUACCCACCCUGACGAAAAGUGGUUUACAACUGUACUAUCAGUGCUAUCAUAGCUACAACACGCAUACUCAUACACACAUAGAUACAUGUACACAUACAUAGUUAUUGUAGUGUGUAUACAAUAGAGGAGUUGGUGUAGAGACACAUUUUACGUCUAUCUAUAUUCACCUGUUUUAAAAUUUUCUCUUUGGAAUUAUUAAAUGUGGACACAUCAGUUUUAUUAAAGAUUCCAGUUGCUUCAAAUAUCAGAACAUUGGGACACAUUGACUGGGAGCAGUGGGAUCAAUGGGAAGUAGCCAAUGCUUGGGUCACCACUCUGGCUGGUCAGCUGGGAUGGCAAUGUGUUCACACUCUUCACAAAAGCCAAGUAUGUACAACAAGUUAAUAAAUCAAGUUCUGAGUAUACAUCACACUUCAAGAGAAUCUCUGCCACACCGGACUGUGCCUGGGGCUUGAGCUGUUACCACCAGAUCUACGUUUAUGUUUACCCAUUAGAAAUACCAAUUCGAAUACAAGAUAAAACGUAUGAAAAUGAGCGAUGGACUCCAGUUAAUGGCUUCUCUGGCAAGAACUUGCUGCCAACAGAACGCAAGAACUGGAGUGAUGAAAGCGGAGAAGGUUAUUAUCCGAAAGAUUGUUUUGAGUUGCCAUCACAGUACUGGGAAUGGGAGGGCGAUUGGAGUGUGGAUGAGAAUUUUCGAGGACAUUUGACUGACCGUGGUGGUUGGCAAUAUGCAGCCAACUUCCCUUCAUAUUGGACACAAGAUAUCAAGUGGAAUUCUUGUGUACGCAAACGGAAAUGGAUCAGAUUCCGGCGUUAUACAGCAGUGGACUGUUGGGCAAAGAUCCCUGAUCUCACCAUUGAAAGCCACAAAGAAGCUUUCAUUGAUAUUGCAGUUGGUGGCUUUGAACUUCCUAAUCAACCACUUGGACACCUGUGUGUCUGGGCAGUUACAGUUGAUGGUCAGGUAUUUGUCCGCAGUGGCGUCACAAGGGAUUGUCCAGAAGGUAAAACCUGGGAUCAUAUCGGCACCAAUAGUCAAAGUAUUAUCAAUAUUUCCAUUGGACCUACAGCUCGUGUCUGGUCUGUCACUUGGGAUGGAACUGCUUAUGUUCGACUUGGUGUCUCAAGAGAUUCUGUUUAUGGAACCCAGUGGAUUGAGGUUAGUCCUCCCUCAGCUUCAGCCAAAUUGAUGCAAGUUGCUGUUGGUAAAGACACAGUGUGGGCCCUCAGUAGGGACGGACAGGUAUGGUUCCGCAAGGGAAUAAGGGAAAGUGAUGUUGAAAACGACUUAUCUGCUGUCACUGGAACAAUUUGGGUAGAGAUGGUUGGUCUUAUGUCAGUAAUAUCUGUUGGACCAAAUGAUCAGGUUUUUGGAAUUGGAUUAAACAGUGAGGCUGUUUAUUUUCGAUUUGGAGUGAAACCAGAUGAAUUGAGUGGCAAAACUUGGCAACCAUUACAGAUUAACUUACCUCCUGACAGACAUUCUAUUUCUGAUACAGAUAGCAUCAGUGCUGCCUUUCUUGGACACAGUUCUUCGGUAGACAACAGCUUUGACAUCACUGGUUCCACCCCUUGUGUCAAUCUAGAUGAAAACUCUGCCGAAUGUGCUACAUUUUAUUCCCAUCAAAUGAUCCGAGAACAACUUUUUGGUAAUGACUAUAGUUACCCUCCUAUGGUUGGGGGAUCCUUACCAGGUCGUUUUACAAACAUAACAGAACAGAGUUCUUCUGAGUCCCUCAUGUCCCGAAGUGAGGGUAGUAUUUGGUAUGAAGGUACCAGCUGCAAAACCAGUAUUUACAAUCCAUCAGAUAUUGAAAAUCUACACAUGAGUACAUCACAAACCACACCUACCCAUCAUGUAGCUGGGAGCAAGGUAAUUGCUCAGAAAGAUAGUGAUGAGGAAAGAACUAAAGAGAAAGAAGUGUGUAUCUGUAAAGUAUCUGAACAGUCUGCUACAGAUGAUAGCAAAUUCAAAGCUGAUGACCGUUUUGAUGUUACGUUAAAGAUUUGUCCUGUGUGUCACAAAGUAGUUUAUAAGAAGUUUUUCCAGUCCAACUUGUUAGAUUCUCAUGAGGAGUGUUCAGAGAAGACGACAAAACCAACUAAAGACACUUCGGAUGUUAUUUUAAAUUUUGUCACAGAUUUACUGGAUGAAGAAGAAAGUGGAACAACAGGUGAAAGCUCAAGUGAUGUCAGUUGUGAAGCCUUAGAAUCUUCUGCCUCAAGUGGCUUCUCUAUCCCUCCAGUUGAUUAUGUGACCUGCAACUCAGUUGAUCCUCUUAUCAUUGAAGACAUGCCACUGUUUAUGAGUGAAGAACUUAAAAAAAAAGAAAAUAGCUCAAACCAAUCAAAGCCAACAAAAGACCAAACAAAAUGUUCAGUGGAUGAAAUUUCAAAAUCUAAAAAUCAGCCAGAGCAAUCUCGAGUUCCAGAAUCAGCAAUUAUUCCAUAUCGACGAACUGAUGAAGAACAAGAUAUAUUUUCUGGAGAUUCAGAAAAGUUGACAUGGCGUUGGGUGUCUGCGAUGUCCUGUCUAAUUGAUAAACCAUCAUCAGUGUGUUGGUUAUCUGCAUCAAGACGGCAUACAACUGGUUCAACAAGUAGCAUUAUUGAUGAUUCUACCAUUCUGCUAGCACCAGCCCUUCGUACAACCAUUCUUCAACGACUUCAAACACGCAACUACAAAGAAGUGACAUUAUUUGCGCACAUGGAACAUGCUGUGGAGAAGGUCUCUUGGAUCAAGAAAGGGAGUCUUUAUUGGUUAGAGAAUCCACAAAAGUCCAAAUGGAUUGAAUGUAAUGUAGAGUUUGAACAAGGAAUGGACACUGUCUGUGAACCAAGCACAUUUACAAUACAUUAUGUUGUUAAAUCUAAUCAUAUGCAUCUACAGAUUCCACUGAAUGAAGUGUUGUGUACCUGUCGCAUCAGUGAACCAUUACGACAGUAUCAAAUGGCCAUUCAUGUGAGUCCAGAAGUCAGUCAUACAUCACCAAUUCUUCUAUCAUCCAUUAAUGAAGCAGAUAUUGAUGAUUGGGUAUCCACCCUGAAUAUUUCAUCUGUCUCCAAACACAGGUACUUGAGUCUUGGCGUUCAACCAGGCGCAGUAUGGUCAACAAUGGUCCGUGGAGAUAUUUUUGUUUAUGACCCUACAAACAGCAUGUCAGAUAGCAGUUCCUCUGGAACAUUGAAGAACUUUUCUCCAAAAUGGAUUCCAGUUGGUGGACAUUUGCACCUGGUAGAAACCAACCCUUUAAAUAUCAGCUGGGGUAUUGGCUAUGACAGCUCAGCCUGGGUAUAUACUGGAGGCUUUGGAGGAGACAUUCUAAAGAGUGUAUCCGAUGCCAGUUGGAGAGUCCAUCCACAAGUUGAUGUACGUAGUGUUUAUAUUUAUGAAAACCAAAAGUGGACACCUGCAUAUGGCUAUUCAAAUAGAGGUUUUAUGGCUGAUGGACAUGACUGGAGUGACAGAUCAGGUAGAUAUAAAAGAACCAAAGAAAAUACACAGCUUCCAUCAGGUCAAUGGAUAUGGAUGACUGACUGGAUAAUUGAUUAUUCUGUGCCAGGUGGUGUGGAUCCAGAAGGUUGGCAGUAUUCUACAGAUUUCAACAGACCAUUCCAUCGUCGAAAAGGCUGGACUGACACAGUGAGAAGGAGGCGUUGGUAUAGGAAAUGUAAAAUCUCAACACGUGGUCCCUGGCUUGAGAUUGGCCCCACAAAAUUACUGGAUAUAUCUAUUCAAGUAGCUGACCUCCAUCUAACAGACAAUCAGUCUCUUUACUCACAACCUGUUGCUGUAUGGGCAGUUGGCUGGAACGGAGAUGUACUUUGCCGUCGGGGGGUUACCCCAAGUACACCACAGGGUGCUUAUUGGCAGCAUAUACCCACAGCAACUGACCAACCAUUCCAAGCUAUAUCUGUGGGAGGAGAGUUCCGAGUGUGGGCUAUUGCCAAAGAUGGUUCAGCAUGGUUUCGUUGUGGAGUUUCUCUCAAUAAUCCAGCCGGUAACUGCUGGUUCCACGUCAUUCCUCCUCCACCAUGUGAUCAUGUUCUUCACCAAAUCUCUGUUGGCGUCACAAGUGUAUGGGCUGUUGAUAUCCAAAGUAACCUCUGGUUUCGCAAUGACAUAACACCAAUAUUUCCCGAGGGAACAUGUUGGACUAAAAUUGCUAGUCAGGUACGGAGAGUAUCUGUUGGACCAAAAGACCAGUUGUGGGUAGUUGUUGAAGCUGGUUUUAUGAAAUCUGUGACUGAAGGAGGAAGUGUUUACCAAAGAUUAGGAAUCACUGCUGAAUGUCCAACUGGAACAGGGUGGCAAAAAGUUAUUGGGGGUGGCUGGCAACACGUUUCCAUAAGAGGCUGCAUGGAAGACAUGAUAGUUCCUGCUAUUUCAAUUUGAUAGUCAGGUGUCCCACCAGCACUGUAUUGUGUGUGUAUGUGUAUGUGUGUGUGUGUGUAAGUAUACGUACAUACAUAUAUAUAUGUAUGUAUAUAUGUGCGUGUGUGUGUGUAUAUAUAUAUGUAUAUGUAUGUAUGUAUAUAUGUCUAUCUAUCUAUCUAUCUAUCUAUCUAUAUAUAUAUAUAUA